ACUGUCUAAAAAUACAGCGCUCCAGCCCCGGGGAUCCUCUUCAUCUUCAUCCUUCACAACAGGACCACGAUUCAGGUGUCUGGAUUGACUUGCUUGACUGAGUCGCCAAAGCCGCAACUCAUCACAGUCGAGAUCUCACAAAAGGUCCGUGACUUACUUCGUUACAGUAACGAAGGACAUGUACCUGCGCUGUGGCACAUCGGCAGGUUAAACUGUCAUACGCCAAUUCUCGUCUGAAGUCCAAGACCUCUCGUCCCGAUAUCCAGACCCUGCUCACCAGAUCUCGUCCAACAGAACGCAAGAUGACUUCAGCCGGUGCCGGCAACAAUACAUGCAAAUAACUCUUUUGAAUAUCGGAAAGCCAUGAAUAGGAUGAAUUUGACGUUUAUUGUGGGCAUUUCGGUGCGUUUCGGCGGCUCUGAUGGGAUUCGGCUCGCCCAGACGCCAGCCUUAGGGGUCAAGCGAAGACAAUCAGCGUCUUCGGCCUCGGGGCUGAGUUCCCCAAAAGUUCUUGGAUAUACGCUGCCAAGUAUAAUGGAGUCUGCAAGGAGAGACUAUCGGCAGCUUAUUGAGAAUUGCAGCCUCUCACGAUGCGGCGUGUUUUGGUUCUUGAAGAAUACUUAAACAGAUAGUUCUGUCUGCAGAUCACACAGCAUCAACAACCCAGUUCACUCUCUUCAGCAACACAACAGUCUCUCAUCAUCAUCAUCAUCUUCUUGCUCCUCCCUCCGUUUGCCAUCGUCUUCCUUAUUCUUGCAAGCAUCGUUGUUUAUUUGCACAUUACCUUCAUAAUCGUUUUUAUAAGUUUUACCGGCUUCAAAAAUGGUCAAAUCAGCAUUCUCCGCCACAGGGGUGGUCUCCGCUCUUCUUGUUAGUUCCGCAUUCGCUGCGCCAACUGAAGAUCGCAGACCAAAGAACGAUGACUGCAAGAAGAUCUUGCUUCCAAUGACGGAUUCGAUCCAUGGUCCCCGCAUGAACAUCACUGUCGGUAACCCUCCUCAGGAGAUGAGCUUGCUCAGUGAUUGGACAUGGCACACUACCUGGGUCCACACCCCAGACUGCAUUGGCAAGCACGAUGUUAAGACUUGUAUCCCGCCUGGACAACAAUACUACGACCAAGCCAAGUCUUCUACUUUCAAGAACACCACGCUCAACGAGGCAACUUUCAACGGUACCGAUUACACCCCAGGUCUGCCCUUCACUAUGAAGUAUGGUAAAGACACCAUCUGCUUCAACAGUGCGGCAAAUGGUGACCGGAAGUGCAUGAACGAUGUAUACAUGGGCAACACUGACUUUGGAUUCCCACUGCCACAAGCCUUCGACAUCGGUGGAGUCUUCGGCUUCGCACCUGUUCCCAAGGGUGCAAACGAGACAUUCUGGCCCGCUCCAUUCCAAUUCUUCGAGGGCAAGGUUCUCAACCCAGUCAUGGGAUGGCACACCUGCGAUCAGCUCAAGAACAAGGACAGCUGCUUCGGAUACGAGCACUUGACGGUCUUGGGCGGAACCGAUGAGACCGUUUACAAGCCCCGCGACAUGGUCUACCACGACAUCAUCCUCGACGAAUGCAUCAACUCCGGCGAGCAUUUGUCUCUGAGCCCCAAGCGAAGCAACUACUGGUCAUCUUCUUGGACUGGCCUCUCAAUUGGCGGCAAGUCCUUCUCCCUCAAAGCUACCAACUCACCAAACUACAACGCCACAACCAAGAAUGCCAAGUGCGACGCCAUCGAUGCCAUCGCCGUCUGGGACGAGGAUAAGUUCGGCCAUGGCGCUCCAAUGCCAUGGGACGCAUUCAAGUACAUGGUCAAAGUCACCAACGCCAAGCCCCUUGAUGUCUUCAACCUCCCCGGAACUAGCCCCGUCAACCCAGGUGCAGGCGGUCUUCACGAGGUGCCUUGCGACAAGAUCAACACUUUCCCAACUAUCACUUAUGAGAUUGGUCACAGGCAGAAACUCACCUCUGUCCCUGCUCAGUACAUCGAUACUACUCUCCACGCUGGAAAAUGCCUCUUGAACGCCCGUGUUUGGGACAGACCUGUUGAUGGAGCGCAGACCUUCUUUGGUUUCAAUGUUCUUAGCAGGACUUACCUUGAGUUUGACUACAAGAACACCAAGGUCGGAUUGGCUCCUUUGAACAAGAACUUGUUCAAGUAGAGGAUGUUUGUAUUUCGCUUAGCGAAUCAUUGGCUCGUUUUCUUUUUGUUGAUGGAGAGUAAUGAGCAUGUAAAUGAGCAUUUGGACUUGGUAUUGGGAUAGAUUUGGAUUUGAAAAUUGGAAUGUAAUCAAAUGGAGAUAUGUAGAGAGAGUUGAGAAUAAU